UGUAAUCCUGACAGAAAUAUUUUCUUAAGUCAAAAUUGAAGUAAUAAAGUGAGAGAAUGAUUUCAGAUUUGAAAAUUCAACAGAAUCUCGGAUAAAGAUACAUAUAUCGAGAGGACGAAAUUAUUUCCCUCUCGAUUCAAUUAUUCAAGAAGAAAUCAUCCGAAAGCAACGAUUAAUUGUGCAUUUCACGUGAGCCACUUUUUUCUGUUUCUACUAUUUUAUAAACAGAAUCGCAUCGAAUCCAAUGAACUUCUUCCCUGAUAAGGGUUGAAAUAUGUAUAAAGCGAGAGAACGAUUUCAAAUUUGAAAGUUAUUCAACAGAAUCUCGAACAAAGGUAUAUCGAAAGGAAAUUAUUUUACACUCAAUUCAAUCCGAAAACAACGAUAAAUAAUUGUGCAUUUCACGUGAGCCACUUUUUUCUGUUUCUGCUAUUUUAUAAACAAAAUGGAACGGAAUCCAAUGAACUUUUUAUUUAACAUGGAGAAAGAAAUAGCGAAGCGACGUUUCAAAUUUGCAAUCAAAUGUCUGCAUGAAAUUAUAAAGAUCGACCCAAGAGAAAAUAUUGUCUUCAGUCCAUAUAACUUUUAUGAAGCACUUUUUUUUAUUUAUAUAAUUGCCACUAGCAACAUUAAGAGAUACUUAGAACGCGCCCUUGAUUUAUCAGAUUUCCAAAACAAUACUUUAAUAAGAUAUCGUUUUGUAAAGACUAUUUCAUCUGAUACAGUGAUCUCCUACGGCAACGAUGAUGAAAGUAUUUUAUGUUGCUUCAGAGAAGAUCUACAGUCUUGCUUUGCUCUACUGCAUCCUAUGUUCCGCAAAGUACCAAAUUUACAUUAUCUUAAGACUCAUCACGAGAAAAUAAUCUAUUUUAAUGCUGCACUAAAGCUAUCUAACAUGCGUUACUGUCGUCAUUUCGUGGAAUUGGAAGAGAAAAGAGACAUGGACUUUUUAUUGAUAAACGUACUACGUUUGGAUGUUCAAAAAUUACAAAUUUCAACAGCCUCUCAAUCUGACGCACCAAAAAUACCAAUUCCUAAUAGAAAUCCAAAGUGUAAAAACUUUCUCUGUCACGAAUUAAGCAUGCUCGUAAACGAGUAUCCCUAUCAGAAUGGUGUGUCAUUAUUCACUUUAUUUCCUAUUUCAUUAAUCUAUGAUGACAGCAGCUUCAGAAUACAGAUAAACGAAACUGGCCUUUGCGAUUUGAUCAAACGAUUGUCAACCGACGACGGAAUCUGCAAAUUGCGCAAUCUGCUAGAUAAUGAUUAUAUGACAUCAGAAAAUACUAUAAACUUUAUGGUUUCGCCGGUCUUCAAAGUGGAGAAAAAUUUAAAUAUCUAUGACCUGCUACAAGUACUAGACAUCGAACAAUUAUUGUUGCCCGACGCGAUCGAUUUUAAAUAUUCAUACAAGGAUUACAAGUUCGAAUACAGUAUGCGUCUCGGCAAUAUUGAACAUCGUACAAAUGUUACUGUCACGGAGGAGAAUAUCCGCGCUGGUUCAUUCAAUAUAAUCUGCACUGGACAAUCUUUUCCGAAGAAAGAAGUGAUAGAAGAAAUGAAUUACAAUUAUCCGUUCGUCUGGCUCAUCUAUGAGAAAGAAUAUCGAGGAAUUCUCUUUAUCGGCGCUAAUUUCGCUGAGCGUGCACCUUUUUACACGAUCGUAUAAAAAUUCACUUCAGAAUCGGAUAUAAAUCCGAAUAAUCCAGGAAACACUAUAUUUAUGAAAAAUAUUCAUAAAUAUUUAAGAAUAUAUAUUUUUUUA